UGCUCAUUUCCUGGAUUCGUGAUUUCACAGUUACGACAACUUCUGCAAUCUUCAGUGGCUCCUCCACGCGAGUGUUGGUGUGCUGAGUGUCCCGCAAGCUCUUGGCGAUGCUGUUGACAGCAUUUAUAGAGACAUGCAUUGCUUUUCUGCCAAUGGAUACUAGUUUAAUCCAAUAUUUGCGAGAUCUUUAAGGAGUGUUUAACUCAGACAUGGAUGGAUCAACGAAUAGCCUUGAUGAUGUGUCGGCAGAAAGCAGCACAGGGUGUCCAGACAGGCUGUCUUUAAUGGAGGUGCGCCUCCAAGCACAGGAAGAUGAAAUAACGCUACUGAAGUCCUCAUUGGCCGACGCCUUACGCAAACUCCGCCUCCAUGAUCAACAGAUACCCCUGCUUAAGCAGCAGCUGAUUGCUGUGAACCCUGCUGCAGCCCGAGUGUUAAAUCAUUCCUGUUACGUGGAUGGGAUCUCCAAACCUUGCAGACUGUCUACCAGCUCUCUUGAUGGAUGUCACCUGACAUCCAACAGCCAUAUCUCAAACACAGCUGAAAAUGGGGAGGGCGGGGAUAAAACCAUUUCCAACCACAAACCGAGCACUAGCGACAUGUGCACACAGACCGAACCGUGGAUCCCAAAUCACAAUGCCGUCCCGCUGGCCCUGACACGGACCAGCCAGAGUCUCUCCUUGGAGGAUGCACUACCUGAAGGCAUCCCUUUCGCUAAUGAAACCCCGACCAAGCUCAGGAGAGAGGAGGAAGAUGGCGAUGAAGACCAAACCUGGAGGUCCCUAGUAGAAGACGCCAUCCAGCCCACCACAAUCAGAACCCUCCAGCAACAACUGAGCAAAAGCAGCGAAGACAGUCAGGGUUCAUGCCCUCAAACCCCAACGUCCUGCUCGCCGGCACCCCCAAAAGAGCCGACCUCCAUCCCACACGCAGGCCCACUCUCCUCCAUUCAGGAGGAUGAGAAAACACUGGUCAGGAGGAACAGUGAGAGAAGUAAGGACCCCCAGGACAAGCCCAAACUGCGGCUUUCUAAGAAAGCGGCCUCCUCGACAAACUUACUCACACGGUCUCCAAGUCUGGAGAGCCGGGCAAAAGACCUUAUCUCUAGCACAGGUUCUCAGGGGUCCAGGAGGGGAACUCAGAGUCAGUCAAUCAAGAUGUUUAUCCGUGGACGACCAAUCACCAUGUACAUUCCUUCAGACAUUCUGAACUACGAGGAGCUGAAAAUUGAUCUUCCCUCACAGAAACUGGAUCUCGACUGGGUCUAUGGUUACAGGGGACGGGACUGUCGAGCAAACCUUUACCUGUUGCCGUCUGGAGAAGCAGUUUAUUUUAUUGCGUGCGUGGUGGUCCUGUAUCACAUCAGCAACCAAACACAAAGACAUUAUCGCAAGCACACAGACUGUGUCAGAUGUCUUGCCAUCCACCCGGACAAGGUGCGUGUAGCAUCUGGACAGACCGCAGGGGUAGACAAAGAUGGCAAGCAUUUUCAGCCCUUUGUGCACAUUUGGGACUCCAACACGCUAGUGACACUGCAGCAGAUCGGCCUCGGCACAUUUGAGCGAGGUGUCGGAUCCGUAGCAUUUUCCAAUUCAGAUGCUGGUACAUUCCUUUGUGUGAUUGAUGAUUCCAAUGAACACAUGCUUUCUGUGUGGGACUGGAAUAAAAAUAUAAAGCACGCUGAAGUCAAGAGCACUAAUGAGGCCGUCUUGGCUGUGGAAUUCAGCCCUACAGACACCAACAACAUCAUCUCCUGCGGCAAGUCCCACGUCUACUUCUGGACCAUGAGCGGUUUCACAAUGACCAAGAAACAGGGCAUCUUUGGAAAAUACAAAAAGCCCAAGUUCAUCAUGUGCUUCGUGUUCAGUCUUACGGGUGAUGUGUUGACGGGAGACUCCGAGGGGAACAUUCUCACGUGGGGAAAAUCCGCUGCUGAUAUCAAAACAUUAGGAAAAGGAGCAAAGGAGACAUUGCAGAUCAUGAAGCAGACUCGUGCUCACGAAGGCAGCGUUUUCACGAUGUGCCUCCUGCAGGGUGGAGCUUUACUCAGCGGUGGAGGCAAGGACCGCAAGAUCAUCCGCUGGAGCGCCGACCUUGCGCCUGAAAGAGAGUGUGAGAUUCCCGAGAAAUUUGGUGCAGUCCGCACCAUUGCAGAUGUAGAUGGAGAGGAGCUGCUCGUUGGCACGACACGAAACGCAAUCCUGAGAGGAACAUUUUCAGAUGGGUUUGUGGCCAUUGUACAGGGACAUGUGGAUGAAACGUGGGGUCUGGCCACGCACCCCUCCCAGAACAUCUUUCUUACCUGUGGAAAUGAUCGUCAAGUGUGUGUGUGGAACGCAGAGGACCACAAACUGGACUGGUGCACACCACUAGAGGAAUCUGGUCUGUGUGCUGAUUUCUGCCCAAAUGGAGCUCUUGUCUCUGUUGGACUGAGCACUGGAAGAUGGGUUGUACUGGAUCUGCAAACCAAAGAAGUGGUGUCAGACCUGACUGAUGGGAACGAGCAGUUGUCUGUAAUGAGAUACUCACCAGAUGGCAGCUUUUUGGCGGUUGGUUCCCAUGAUAACUUCAUCUACAUUUACAACGUCACUGACGGUGGUCGACGCUACGUGCGAUUCGGAAAGUGCACAGGGCACUCCAGUUUCAUUACUCACCUCGACUGGUCCAAAGAUGGAAAAUACAUCAUGUCUAACUCCGGCGAUUAUGAAAUUCUAUACUGGGAUGUUGCAAGCGGCUGCAAGCUGUUGAGGAACCGGUUUGAAAGUAAAGAUCGAGAGUGGGCGUCCUAUACCUGUGUGCUUGGAUUCCAUGUCAUGGGUGUGUGGCUCGAGGGAUCAGAUGGGACAGACAUCAAUGCCUUGUGUCGCUCGCACAAUAAGAGUAUGGUGGCAGUGGCCGAUGACUUCUGUAAGGUGCAUUUGUUCCAGUAUCCAUGUCCCAAACUAAAGGCUCCAAGUUAUAAGUAUGAGGGCCAUGGCAGUCAUGUGACCAACGUUCGUUUCACGCAUAAUGACAGUCACCUCCUGUCAUUGGGCGGGAAAGACACCUGCAUUCUUCAGUGGCGAGUUAAAGGGGCGGGGACUGGAGACAGUAAAGAUCAUCUAGCUUCUUCCUCUACUGUCCGCUCUUCCUCUAAUUCUCCAGAAAACGGCACAUAGAGAGACAGAUACCAGGAAUCAAGAGAGUGAGAAAAAGGCAUGAAGAUAUUCUAGGAAAUGAAACAAGGAGGAAAUAUCUUCUCGCACCAUCAUGAAGCAUUUGGAAGGUUAUGCCAGCUUUUGUAAAACAUGUCACAAUGUUGUUUGACCAUUGACAAGUCAGAUGUAAUGCAUGGCUAUUCACUACCUACACUUCUUCAUGAACUGACUUUACCCUGUUGAGGCUAAACUAAUGGCCCAAAAAAACAUAUUGUGUCUGAUAUUUGUUUUUGGGGUUCUUUUUUUUAAAAAGAAAUGUCAUAUUGCACUUCAAAACCAAAAAGAAUAUAAAAUGAUUAUAUAAAAAAAGCUAAAGAAUUGUGGUGGUAAAAAGAAUGAUGAAAAGUAUGUUUUAUGUUCUUAAUGCAAAAAAUGUAUUACAGAUUUUUCUCUUUUAAUUAUGAGGCCUUGAGAGUUUAUAUGAAAUUCACACAUUUGGCAAAAUAAAUAAAUCUCACAAUAGUGACAUUUUUGUCAUUUCAGUGCAUGAUGAGAGAAUGAUGUAUUAAAUGAAAUAAAAUAAUCUCUAGUUUCCACAUUUAUCAUGCUUUAUCAUGUUCAGUGUACUUCCAAGUUUACAUGUGCUUGUUUACUUCAUAAUGCCUUUCAUGUGUUUAUUUUAAUAACCUGUUUUUUUUUUUUUGUUGUUGCUGUUGUUUUUUCAUUAAAUACUACAUGCAUAAUUGUGUCAUUACAUUAUUAGCCAUAAGUCAUGUGUCUCUGUGAAGCAUUGUGUCAAGAGCAGCAGGAUAAUCAUUGCUUUAUUAGCUGUCAGGAAAAUGUCCUCUGUCCAAAAACUUCCAAAAGACUGGUCUUGUAUGGAUCAAGUCAGCUUUUCUCAGCUUGUUAACAAUGUGAAAUUUUUGUUAUUUUUAAUCAAUCAAUAAAUUUUAAGAUAAGAA